AAGGAGGAAAGAAGAAAGGACGAAGGAAAGAGGAAAGACGCAAGGAGGAAGGGAAAAGAAAGGAAGGAGGCAAAGCAGGAGGAGCACGGAAGGAAGCGAGGCGAGAGGCGGCGGGCUGGCGAUCGUGGGGAGCGUGCGAGGCGUCGGAGCAGCACACGGUGUCGCUGCAGGCUCAGAAACGGCGUGGGAGCGGUGAGGCGGCUCCGCCCCGGUGCGGCGGAGAGCCCGGCUGUGAGCGCGGGGGGGCGGCGCGGGGCGGGCAGGAGAGCCGGUGCGUCCGGGCGGCGGCGGGGAGCCGUGCGGGGCCCGUGCGGGCGGCGGCGGCGAUGGGCGUGUGCUGGGGGCCCGUGGUGCGGGUGCUGGUGCUGCAGGCGGCCUGGGCGCUGGGCGGCGGGCAGGUGCGCUACUCGGUGCCGGAGGAAGCCAAGGCCGGGACGGUGGUGGGCCGGCUGGCGCAGGACCUGGGCCUGGAGGCGGGCGAGCCGGAGGCGCGUCGGCUGCGGCUGGUGGCGCAGGGCCGGCGGGCGAGCGUGGAGGUGAGCGGGGCGAGCGGGGCGCUGGUGGUGAGCUCGCGGCUGGACCGGGAGGAGCUGUGCGGGAAGAGCGCGCCGUGCGCCCUGCGCCUGGAGGUGCUGGUGGAGCGGCCGCUGCGCGUCUUCCACGUGGAGCUGGAGGUGACCGACAUCAACGACAACGCCCCGCUCUUCCCCGCCGCCCGGAAAAACCUCACUUUACCGGAGAACUCCCCGCCGGGUUCUCGGUUCCCGCUGGAGGGCGCGUCGGAUGCAGAUGUCGGAGCCAACGCGCAGCUCUCCUAUACCCUCAGCCCCAGCGAGCAAUUCGGUUUGGAAGUGAAAUCCAAAGACGAAAAUAAAAUUCUUGUAGUCCUUGUAUUAAGGAGACCGCUGGACCGCGAGACGAUGCCUGAGCACCGUUUGGUGUUGACGGCGAGUGACGGGGGCCGUCCGUCGCUGACGGGCACGAUGGAGCUGGUGAUCUCGGUGCUGGACGCCAACGACAACGCGCCCCAGUUCAACCAGUCGGUGUAUAAAGUGCAGCUGCCGGAGAGCGCUGCCCCGGGAACUGUGUUUUUCCAGCUAACAGCGACAGAUAAAGACGAAGGAAUUAAUCGGGAGAUACAUUAUUCGUUUAGCGACACUGUUCCAAGCAAAGUUCAGGACCUUUUCAUAAUUAACAGGAAAUCCGGGGAAAUACGGACUGCUGGUGACCUGGAUUUCGAGGACGUUCAGUCGUAUGACCUCGAGAUCGACGCGAGAGACAAAGGUUGGCCCCCGCUGUCAGGUCACUGCAGCGUGGAGCUGGAGGUGCUGGACGUGAACGACAACGCGCCGGAGGUGUGGGUGACGUCGCUGUCGGUGCCGGUGCCGGAGGACGCGGCGGUGGGGACGGUGGUGGCGCUGCUGAGCGUGUCGGACCGGGACUCGGGGGCGAACGGGCGGGUGCGCUGCGCGGUGUGGCCGGCGGCGCCGUUCGGGCUGGUGGCGACGUUCGCGGGCUCGUACUCGCUGGUGCUGCGGGAGGCGCUGGACCGGGAGCGGGUGUCGGAGUACGAGGUGGAGGUGCGGGCGGAGGACGGCGGGGCGCCGGCGCUGCGCGCCAGCCGCGGGCUGCGGGUGCCGGUGUCGGACGUGAACGACAACGCGCCGGCGUUCGCGCAGGCCGUGUACACGGUGCUGGCGCGGGAGAACAACGCGGCGGGCGCGGAGCUGGCGCGGCUGUGGGCGCGGGACCCGGACGAGGCGGGCAACGGGCGCGUGAGCUACUCGGUGGCGGAGGGCGUGGGCGGGGGCGCGGUGGCGGGCGGGGGGUGGCGGGCGGCGUCGAGCUACGUGUCGGUGGACGCGGAGAGCGGGCGGCUGCGGGCGCUGCAGCCGUUGGACUACGAGGAGGUGCAGGUGCUGCAGUUCGAGGUGCGGGCGGUGGACGCGGGGGAGCCGCCGCUGUGCGGCAACGCCACGGUGCAGCUCUUCGUGGUGGACGAGAACGACAACGCGCCGGCGCUGCUGCCGCCUGCCGGGGGCGGGCCGGGUGGCGGGGCGGCGGGCUCGGCGGCGUCGGGGCCGGGCUCGGGCUCGGGCUCGGGCUCGGGGGCGUUGUGGGCGUGGGCGGCGUGGGGGGCGCCGGCGGGGCAGGUGGUGGCGAAGAUCCGCGCGGUGGACGCGGACUCGGGCUACAACGCGUGGCUGCGCUACGAGCUGUGGGAGCCGCGGGGGAAGGGCCCGUUCCGCGUGGGGCUGUACAGCGGCGAGGUGAGCACGGCGCGGGCGCUGGAGGAGGCGGACGGCCCGCGGCAGAGGCUGGUGAUCGUGGUGCGGGACCACGGGGAGCCGGCGCGCUCGGCCACGGCCACGCUGAGCGUGUCGCUGGUGGAGGGCGCCGAGGCGGCGCUGGCGGCCGCGGGCUCGUCCUCGUCGGGGGCGGGGCUGCGGCCGGCGGCGGGCGCGGAGGGCGGCGCGGCGGCGGCGGCGGCGGCGGCGGCGGCGACGAACGUGUGGCUGGUGGUGGCCAUCUGCGCGGUGUCGAGCCUGUUCCUGCUGGCGGUGGUGCUGUACGGGGCGUCGCGGUGGGCGCCGCGGGCGGCCGUGCUGUCGGGGCCCGGGCCGGCGACGCUGGUGUGCGCCAGCGAAGUGGGGAGCUGGUCGUACUCGCAGCGCCAGAGCCGGAGCCUGUGCGUGGCGGAGGGCGCGGGCAAGAGCGACCUGAUGGUUUUCAGCCCCAACUUCCCGCCGCCGCCCGGCCCCGCGGCGAAGGAGACGCAGCCGGAGCCGCCCGCUCUCGUGGACACGGUCAGUGGCCCCCCUUUGUCGCCUCUCGCCCCUUCCCCCUUCUUGUGGCCCUUGUCGCCCGGCCCCUGGGCAGGCGCUGGUGGGAGCCGGGCUCAGCCGCCGGGGCCGCGGGCGGCGGGGGCUUGGCGGGUGCUUCUUAAGGGUGUUCACGGGACCUUCGCGUCCUUGCCGGAGCGCCCGGGGUCUCGCUGUGGGGGAGGAAGCAAGCAAGGUGUUGCCGCACCCCGCAGCGGUGGCCGUCCGCAGCUGAGCUUUGUGGUCGUGGCUGUGGGCUGUUGUCCCGCGGAAUGAAAUCCCUGCCGACUGCGAUGUGAGGUGCCACGACAUCAGCUUUGCGGACGCUUGGGCUUGCUGCUGUGCAGCAUUUCCACCCGAGCUUGCUGAAGGGGUGCCAGACACGCAGGCUGUGGUGGUGGCAGUCCCGCAGGCACUAUGUACUGCUUCUUAGAGUUGCUUUUUGCUGACCGUGCUGGUAUCCGCUGUGGUUUCCUGUCGCAAACUCUGUCCUCGUCCUUAUUUGAUUCCCUUCUGCGAGCGUUGUGAUGGAAGGUGACAGUUGGGUGUUCAGGGUCUUCUCUCCCCGUGGUGUAAUG